CACCCUUCGAAUAACUUCGACGACCCUCCCUCGUUAAAUCGAAUUUUAGCGGUUGGGCCCGGUCGGGCUCGUAUGGUCCGCCACCAUGGGCUCCAAAGACCCUGAUGCCGACGCAACCAGCGAUACCCGCUCACGAGAUCCCCGGCGUAGAAAGAGCGAACGGGAUCGUGAUAGAGAAAAGGAUAAGGAACGCGUGAGAGGUGACAUUAAAGGUGACAGGGACAGUCACCAUAAUCACAGAUCACACCGUUCUAAACAUAAAAGUACUGAUGGUGAUUCCCACACCUCCUCGCAUCGACGACAUCGCACCAAGGAAGAAAAAGAGAGGGACCGUGAUAGAAGGACAUCCUCAAUGAGUGACCUAGUACCCGAACUUUCAAGGACCACCCUUUCCAGCAGCCGGGUUAGCUUGCCGUAUCCUACCUUCAGCAAAGCUCACAGUAAGGAAGCUAUACUCAGCCGCGAAGACGUAGGGGCCUCCGCUCGCGAUGAUCCCCUCACCCCAGAUACCACAGAUCUUGGUUCAGGUAACAUAGGUAGAUCUAAAUCAACCGGUGGUUUGAGCAGGAAAAAUACGCAGAAAGACAGCCGACCGCCUAGCCCCCCCGAAACGGAUUUAUCCGAAGAAAAGAAAAGACGAAGCAAAACGUCCACCUCCAAGUUGAGAGAGGAAAUGGAAUCUGGUUCAGACCGACCUAACUCUAGGACUUCCGGCCUGUCGCGGUCCAGCUCGAAGCGCGAUGAGAAAUCGAAGCUAUCUACAAAAUCCAAAGCUUCAAGUUACGCUUCCACUGUCAAAUCUCCUCCAACUCCAUCCUAUCCACCUCCACCUCCUCCGCCUCCACCAUUUGGCGUACGAGUUAAUAACGACGAGACUUCGCAAUUGAGCGAUAAUAAGACCGUAGGGGCUUCCUCAACAGCCACUCCUACUGCUCCCCAUCGUACGGCAUCGACGAGGUCGCGUAGGGUCCCUAGUCCAAUCGAAGCCGAGGACUCGCCAGACUCUAUACAAGACUCAUCCCCCAAAACACCCACAGCUACGCCACAGUUUCCGCCGCCGCAGGCCUUUCCGGAUACAAAACCGAGCUUUCACUCCAGGCGUGAAAGACAAGAACGUCCCACGCCUUCAGCAACUCCAGCAUCCGAUUUUGGUCCCCCACCACCGCCUCCUCCUCCGCCCCCGCCACUGAAUAUUCAGGAAGUACCCAGGAUUGAUUAUUUACUUCAGAACGGCGGCCUUCCUCACCCAUUACCAAAACAUUUCCUUUCUGUGAUACCACGCCAGAAUGGAACCCGACCGUCAAAUCCUCCUCUGGCAGGUGCAGAGACUCUAUUCGCACCUUUCUUCAAUCUUCUUGAUCAAUACCAAUCAGUUAUUCAGAAGCAAGGCUCCGUUGCAGUAGCAACAGGGCAUAAGUCAGUUGCACGCCGGCUACUCGACCGAUUGGAAGAUGUGUUCUCUAGAGAUCUUCCUGACGAGGGCUGCAGCUGCAUUAUGUGCGAAAAAACACCUGAAGAGCACAGAGGUUUAGGAUGGGGCGAGGUAUUAGAACGAGUAGGAGGCAGGGUUGAAUUACCACCGUGGCCACCAUUCGAUCUUCCCUCUCUUUCUGCAAACGCAAUUGAGACUGCGCAGGAUAUGCCUCCUAGGCCAGCUUCGCCGAUCAAACUAGACCCGGAUAUCGCAGAAGAGUUUAGGGGUCACUAUCUACGACAGUCCAAGAAGGUCAGAUCUGUAGUUGAUCGAUGGAUGAAUAAUUGCGCUGAGGCGCCGGCACCAGCGCCCUCGGAGAUCGAUGAUGAGACGUUGACCUUUGCCAUCUUGACCAACCUCGACCAGCAUGAGCAACCGUACUUCAAUGCGUUGGUUUCCGGUGCUCGAGAAUUACAACCUUCUCUUAGAGCACCUACCCCAAUGCGCAAGCCAAGGACAGAUUUCAUGGUCAAGACAGGCUUAGCACUUCAACGACUCUACCGCCUACCCCAAGCGCCCCGCGAUGCAGAAACAGCCGUAUUUCUUGUCAAGCAUCCAUUCCACCACGAUCUUCUCGCGACAAUCACCGAUAUUAGCCCCCAAGAGUGGGAAAUUCUCAUAUCAGGACGCUUUGACGGCUUUCUCUGGUCUGGUGCCGAUGCUGAUGAUGCCAUAACGCCCACCGCUGACAAUCCACUAUCUCGAGGUGGUACACCUGCAAAUGGGUUUUCAUCCCCCGCACCACGAGGGUCUGGUAUGCGCCAUUCGUCGGGAUUCGGCGGGUCUCGUAGCACUACACCAUUCUCUGGCUUGUAUUCCCGUGGCGCAACGCCCGCUUCUUUUGUUUCUCUAUCGUCGUCUACUGCUACAGGUCAUAGCCGGCAGCCUGUAUCCUAUGACGAAGAGGUUGAAAUGGCUGUUCUAGCCGAGGUAGAGAGGGAUAUCUACCAGGGCAUGGAAGCCCUCGAAGAUGCGUUUGAGAAGCUUCACCAACGUGCUGAAGUAGUACGCAACGCACUCCGCCAGCGCAACAACGGCCUGUUGCUAAGCCAGCAGCACCGCCGUGCCGGAAGGAUCGAUGUCUUGCCACAAUUGUCCGGCAACUCGCAAGGCUCUGAGAGACCACCAUGGGCCGUUGGAGAUGAUGACGGCAUGAGCGAAAGCGAUUGGGGAGGUGAUGAUUUCGACUUGGCCCCUGAGGAUUCUGCGAGUAAUAUCUCAAGCUCAAGGCACAGGCGCCCCAAGCGCAGAAACGAAAGGAGAACACCCGCCCCAAUUGAAGAGGAUGACGAGGAAAAUUAUGCGUAAUCGGUCAAUUAUGAUUUUGCCUUUAGGCGUAUUGAAUAUUGGAUUUGCUCUACUACUUCACGACUGUCACGACCUGGAAAAAAAAAGAAAGAAAGAAAUUUACUGAUACCAAUCGAAAUCGAAUGUUCUUCUAACCUUCUCAUAUUUGCAUUACAGUAUACCAAUGAGCUGAUGACGACAUGUCCGCUUGGUCAGUUAGGUGGGCUGGGACCGGGCAGCCAGAAAGGAAAGGCCUCCAUGCCUUGAUGUACUAGGUUCAUAAGGUUUUAAUCUAAUCGAGGCUCCGUGCUCGCGCCCUCAAGUCUUGUCAUGCCAGCUAUCUCAUUUGCAUCUAUUCGGCGUUCGCGCAAGUCUUCCGCAUCAGAAAGGAGCUUUCUACCUUUGCUCUGCACUUAC